CCGCCAAUUCGCUGUCGACGCCCAUCUUGCUCUCUUUCUACCUCGCCGCCAUGCUUUCCGGCAUCCUCAUAUUCAACCAAAAGGGCGAGAACCUCAUCUUUCGCGCCUUCCGCAACGACUGCCGUCCACGCCUGGCCGAUGUCUUCCGCAUCCAGGUCAUUUCCAAUGCACAAGUCCGCUCCCCCAUCCUGACCCUGGGCUCCACCACCUUUAGCCAUGUCAAGCACGAGAACAUCUAUCUGGUAGCUGUCACCAAGAGCAACGCCAAUGCCGCUCUUGUCUUUGAGUUUCUCUACCGCCUUGUCGGGCUGGGCAAGGCCUACUUUGGCAAGUUUGAUGAGGAGGCUGUCAAGAACAACUUUGUCCUCGUCUAUGAGUUGCUCGACGAGAUUCUCGACUUUGGAUACCCCCAGAACACCGAGACGGACACACUGAAGAUGUACAUUACUACAGAGGGGGUCAAGUCGGAGAGGACAAUGGAGGACUCUUCCAAAAUCACUAUGCAGGCUACUGGUGCGCUUUCAUGGCGCCGAGCAGACAUCAAGUACCGCAAGAACGAGGCCUUUGUCGACGUUAUCGAGGACGUCAACCUGCUCAUGUCCGCAACCGGAACAGUACUCCGGGCAGAUGUGAAUGGUCAGAUUAUCAUGCGCGCAUACCUUUCCGGCACCCCAGAAUGCAAGUUUGGCCUCAACGACCGACUGACGCUGGGCGAGGACCAUCUGCAACAACCCUCGGGUAACAAGGCGGGCGCAAAGGCAACAAGGGCAGCAGCUGGUAGUGUCACGUUGGAGGACUGUCAAUUCCACCAGUGUGUCAAGCUCGGCAAGUUCGACGCCGACAGGAUAAUAUCGUUUGUUCCACCAGACGGCGAAUUUGAGCUCAUGCGCUACCGGGCGACCGAGAACGUCAACCUGCCUUUCAAAGUCCAUGCCAUUGUAAACGAAGUCGGCAAGACAAAAGUCGAAUACAGCAUUGCCAUUCGCGCCAACUACGGCUCCAAACUCUUUGCUACCAACGUCGUCGUGCGUAUACCUACGCCUCUAAACACCGCUAAAAUCACCGAGCGCACCUCACAGGGCAAAGCCAAAUACGAGCCAGAACACAACAACAUUGUCUGGAAAAUCCCACGCUUCACUGGCCAAAGCGAGUUCGUCCUAAGCGCCGAAGCUAGCCUGACAAGCAUGACCAACCAAAAAGCAUGGUCCCGACCACCACUCAAUCUCAGCUUCUCACUUCUCAUGUUCACUAGCUCUGGACUCUUGGUACGCUAUCUCAAAGUAUUUGAAAAGAGCAAUUACAGCAGUGUAAAGUGGGUACGGUAUAUGACGAGAGCAGGCAAUUAUGAGAUAAGAUUCUGAGAAAAGGCAUAUUUUGCUUUGUCCAUAUUAUUAUUACUAUUACCCAUUACCAUUAUUACUUGUGCUAUACAGUUCGGUGUUUGCAUUGCAUUGCAGGCGUCAUUGGAGGGAAGGGACUCGGUUAUCUACGAUAUCCUUGAAUAUAAUCAGAAGCGAUUACAUGAGACCCUUUUUUGUUUCUGUUGUACAUGGAUACUCUGACAGGCUGAUAUACAAGUUUCGUCCUCGAUCGUGGUGCUAGGUCGUUGCUAGCUGUAAUGCUUCGCAGGUACUGCUCUGCGAAAAGUCGUGUGUUGUAAACAUCCAUCCAACUCCAUACGCCAUCCAAACCCUUCUCUCCCACAUAC